ACGAAGACUUCUCGUCUUCUCAGUCAGUCACGAUGAGAGAGAUACAGAGAGGUGCAGACAGAGUAACGGAGACGACCCGUCGACCACAGUCCCUCACCGACAGACGACCCCUGUCCCUCACCGUUAGAGAACCAACACCGAGAUCCACUUGGUCCGAUCGUCGCACAAAAACAACUGAAGAGUAUAGUCACACAAAAACAGAGGAAGAAGAUGAAGACCCUAUUUCUUUCGAUCUCCAGGAAU